UCCACCAGCCGGUUUGAAAUUCAUCGAUCACAUUGUGGGAAACCAGCCAGAUGACCAAAUGGUGCCAAUUUCAGACUGGUAUCAGAAGUGUCUGAUGUUCCACCGGUUCUGGUCAAUAGACGACAAACAGAUUCACACACAGUACAGCGCUCUAAGGUCCAUUGUGGUGACCAACUAUGAGGAGACGAUUAAGAUGCCCAUCAAUGAACCUGCCAUGGGGAAGAAGAAGUCACAAAUCCAGGAAUAUGUUGAUUAUAACGGUGGACCAGGAGUUCAGCACAUCGCCCUCAACACAACAAACAUAAUUCAGGCCAUUGUGAAUCUUCGUGAAAGAGGGAUGGAGUUCCUCUCGGCGCCUGAAACGUAUUACGAAACCCUUCGAAAGAAACUCAAAGCUGCCAACUUUAAAGUGGACGAGGACCUUGACCGCUUACAGGAGCUGAAAAUUUUAGUAGAUUUUGAUGACAAGGGUUACCUCCUUCAAAUCUUCACCAAGCCGGUGCAGGACCGACCAACGCUCUUCUUGGAGGUCAUACAGAGGAAAAACCACUUU